AUGUUUGAGAUGUUGGAGGUGUUUGAGAUCACAGACUUCACAACAGCGUCAGAGUGGGAACGGUUUGUGUCCAGAGUGGAGGAAGUGCUGAAUGACUGGAGGCUGAUUGGGAACUCAGCAGGAAACCUGUCCCUUGAAAAGGGUGAAUACACCAGAGGCACCUGGGGGGAAAAGUCUCUGGAAAUAAAUUUUGCUGACUUUAAGUUCCUCAUAACUCACCACUUCCUGAAAAAAGGUGAGAAGGAUACUGGGAAGGACAAUUUUGAGGAAGAUGCCUUCCCCUUGGCAAUGGAGGACCUUCUGUGUAUGAACAAUGAUUUCCCGCCUCAUGCUCACUGCCUGGUCAGGUGGUAUGGUAUACGAGAAUUUGUGGUCAUUAACCCUAGCACCAACUAUGAGGCCAUCAUCAGUGAGUCAAAAUGCAAUCUUCUCUUCAGUUCCAUUGCCAUUUCUCUGGCCAACAGUGGCUGCCAGGUCCCCAUAUUUGUUCAGAUCCAGCAGAAGUGGAGACAGAUGUAUGCUGGAGAGUGCCUGGGUCCAGGGGUGCGCACUGACUUUGAGAUGGUCCACCUCUGGAAGGUGCCAAGUCAGUAUAACCACCUGUCUGGCCUUCUCGAUAUCUUCAAGUCUAAAAUAGGUUGUAACCAGUCCCCUCUACCUCCAGUCAACAUCACGAUCCGUUUUACCUACAUUCUCCAGGACUGGCACCAGUAUUUGUGGCCAAAGCAGCCUCCAGACUUGGACACACUUCUUGGAGGUGAAGUGGGAGGAGUGGAGUUUGGUAAACUUCCUUUUGGAGCCUGCGAGGAGCCAAUCAUUGAACUUUAUCUUGCAACCACUUGGCCUCAUCUGCCAGAAGGCACAGUUGUGGAUAAUGACGUGUACAGUGACCUUGACCCUCUCCAAGCUCCUCACUGGUCGGUUCGAGUUAGGACUGCUGAAAACCCUCAAUGUUUACUGGGUGACUUACUGACAGAGUUCUUGAAGCUCUCCUUUAGGAAGGAGUCUACAGAGGACAUUCUUGGAAGAAGAUUGGUUGAAGAUGAGGGCAAAGAAAAUAGUGACGUCAGCACUGCUUUAUCUAAGCUGACAGAGCCAGCCGCAACAGUGCCUAUCUCUAAACUAUCUGUCUCCAAUAUGGUGCACAGCGCCCGAAAGCACAUCCAACGCCAAAGACACGAUGAUGAGUCACCACGGAACACUGAUAUACUCAACUCUGUCCUUCUGUAUCUCUUCCUAGAUGCUGCUGUGGAGAGAUCAUCAGAGAACAGCAAAAAUAAAGCUUCAGAGGAAAACUCCUGUGAGAAAGCCGAGCAAGAUAAAAACUCUGUGUGUAACCUUUACCUCCAGCUAAAGUCAGCACCCAUUGAUAGUCUGACCUACCGACUAGCACUGUGUGUGUGUUUGGCAAACUACAAUUAUGGUGGGCUGCGGGCUGUUGCCCACCUCUGGCAGGAAUUUGUCCUAGAGUUGCGCUACCACUGGGAAAAUAACCACCUCAUUUAUGGACUGGCUGUAGGACCUCCUGAUCUUCGCUGUUGUCUUUUGCAUCAGAAGCUACAGAUGCUGAACUGCUGCAUUGAGAGAAAGAGGGCCAGAGAUGAGGCUUGCAAGGUGCUGGAGGCAAACAAAGAACGAGAGUGCAGGGUGUCUGAUGGCUACCAGAAAAGCUUUCCUGUACCAGAGUCAAUGAUUGUAACAACAACAGCAUCCUCCUCAACAAAGGAAAUGUCUUUGGGAAAAUCCUGCGACUCUCGGAGCGACAGUGAGGAGGAAUUCUGUGAGUGUCUGAGUGACCAGGGGGAGGUAGAAGCUCCAUAUACAGAGAAUAAAAAGGAUGGAAGCAAAAGUAAUGCAGAGGGCAGACUCCACCCCUUUAAGAACAUGACUCUACUAAACUCACAAGAUCCUAUCUAUGUUCCUGUCACACAGGAACCUGCUCCCAUGACAGAGGAUUUGUUAGAGGAGCAGUCAGAAGUACUGGCCAAACUGGGUACAUCAGCUGAAGGUACCAACCUCUGUGCUCGGAUGCAGAGUGAAUGUCUACUCUCUGACAUGGAGUCAUUUAAGGCAGCCAAUCCAGGCUGUGUUCUUGAGGACUUUGUGCGCUGGUAUUCACCAAGGGAUUACAUAGAGGAGGAGGUCAUUGAUGAGAAGGGUAACACAGUGGUGAAAGGGAAUCUUAGUGCCAGGAUGAAGUUCCCAGACAACAUGUGGCCAGAGACUUGGGAGACAGCAAGGAUUUUACCUGCAUGCCGCCAGAGAAGGCUUUUUGAUAUCACUAAGGAAGCCGAGAAUGUUCUGCAUUAUUUGGCUGUACAGAAACCUGCUGACCUAACACAUCAUCUCCUGCCCUGCAUACUCCAUGCUGCUAUUCUGAAGUUGAAGGAGGAGGAGUUAGUAGAAGACAUUCCAUCGGUCAAAAAAAGCAUUCAGCAAGCUACAUCUCAAGCCAGCAUUCUACUGCAGCCCCACAUCCAUGACAACAAGAAGUUAGAGGAUUUCAUCAACCAGUUGAUAACCAUGGAAACAGUCAUCACACAAGCUCGCUCACUCAAGGCCAAGUUUGUCGUCAAUGAGGGUGAGAGUGAAGAAGACAAAGCUGAAGUAGAAAAGUUUGUGAUCUCCCUCUUGGAAGAACCAGAGGUUGUAGUCAGUAGAGCUGGCCAGGGGCCAGCGGGCAGCAUCAUCCACAGACUCUUUGUCAUCGCUCAGAGGGCUUCUCUCCUGACACCACUGGAAGAAGAUUUGGGAAAUGUCAGGAAGCCAAAUGGAGUAAGCAUCAAAGUGCCUGACUUCCCUUCUCCGGCAGGCAGGGAGAUUCUGUUGCGUACAUGUGUCCCUCGGCCGGCACCGUACUCCAAAGCUCUGCCUCAGCGGCUCUUCUGUGUGUUGUUGAGGAAGGAGUUCAGAUUGGCAGGGGCCUUCUCUUCAGACACUUCCUUCUUCUAA